UGGGUGCACUAACACUGGUACAUAGGUGCAGGCCGGUGUGUCCUUGGGACUUAGAGAGUGGGACGUCUGGCUUGCGAAUGGGAACCUUCGUAUGGAGUGCGAAGAAAGAGCGGUUUAAAAAUGGGUGACGUUGAGAAGGGCAAGAAGAUAUUUGUUCAGAAAUGUGCCCAGUGCCAUACUGUGGAAAAGGGAGGCAAGCACAAGACUGGGCCAAACCUCCAUGGUCUGUUUGGGCAAAAGACAGGUCAGGCCCCUGGAUUUUGUUACACAGAUGCCAACAAGAACAAAGGCAUCACCUGGGGAGAUGAGACACUGAUGGAGUAUUUGGAGAAUCCCAAGCAGUACAUCCCUGGAACAAAAAUGAUCUUCGCUGGCAUUAAGAAGUCAUCAGAAAGGGCCAACUUGAUAGCUUAUCUCAAAAAAGCUACUAAGGAGUAAUAAAUAAUAAAUAAAUAA